AUGGCGCCGCGUCUCUUGUCCUGCUUUCGCAAGGGCUCCCACGGCGGCGAUGGCAUCGCAGAGCGCCGCGUCACCACGGAGGACGCCGGUUUCGGAUCCAAUCGCGGGGGCGGGGUCCCGGGGGCAGUGUUGGUAGAGAUGUUCUCGUCCCAAGGCUGCACGACGUCGCCGACGGCGGAGCUGGUGCUGUCGCGGCUAGGGAGGGGGGACUUCGAGCUAGAGGUGCCGGUGGUGGUGUUGGUGUUCCACGUGGACUAUUGGGACUACAUGGGCUGGAAGGACCCCUUUGGGUCGAUGCAGUGGACCGUUCGGCAGAAGGCCUAUGUUGAGGCCCUUGGGCUUGAUACCAUCUUCACGCCUCAGGUUGUGGUCCAGGGCAAGGCCCAUUGUAUUGGAAAUGACGAGAGUGCCCUUGUCGAAGCUGUCACUAAUGCUCCUAGAUUUCCUGCUCCAUCCUUCCAGGCAAGUUUCACCAGGCCUGCUCCAGAUUCAUUGCAAGUGUCCCUAACAGGAGUGUUAAGGACCAGAGUGAACAGUGAUGCCGCCAAUGUCAUGGUAGCAUUAUAUGAAAAUGGUUUGGUCACUGACUGUCCAAGAGGGGAGAACAAAGGACGUGUUCUAUCCAACGACUAUGUUGUUAGAAAGCUCGAAAAACUCUGCACUGUCAAAGACAGCUCUGCCAAGAAAACAGUAGCAGGAACAAUUAAUUUCCCCUUGUGGGAAGGAUUCAACAGCAAGAAAUGUGGUUUGGCUGUCUUUGUUCAGCACAGCUCUCAUCAGAUUUUUGGGUCACAAAGUUUCAAUCUGCCGGAUGAUAUAUGA